UCGUUGCCCAAACGAAUUGCGGAACAGGGCAGUUGUGUGUGCAAAUUGUGACCACAGAAAGCGGUAGCACAAUAAAAAAAAGUGGAGCUGAAAAGUUAGGACACAGUGAAAUCAGCCAAAUCAUCGACAGAAUGGAGCCGGACGAACUAAUCACGAUUCGGGUCCAAUACCUCGUGGACAGUGACCCGUUCAACAGUCUGUCCAUGUAUCCGAUUCCGUCCCGGGCUCCAGUGUUCUCGUUCGCCAGUGCCGUACCAUUGGCAACGCAGCUCGGAGCGCUGCUGCGCCAUCUCGGUGCUCCACAAAGGCUUGAUGAUGCGGCGCUACAAGUAUACAAAGACGGAGACUAUGGAGCAUACCUCGAUCUGGAAUCGUCGCUGGCCGAACAAUCCGAAGAUAUUGAAGGGCUCAACGCAAACCGCAAAAACUCACUGGUCGUCCGUACGCAGCUCAGCGUCCGAGUUCACUCCAUUAUCGAAAAACUUCUUUCCUCCGAAGGCCGCGAACUGCGACGGGUGCUAUUUUCGUUGAAGCAAAUCUUCCAAGAGGACAAAGACCUGGUGCACGGAUUUGUUGCCCACGGGGGUCUCAACUGUCUGGUGCAGAUAGGCAGCGAAGCGGAUCAGAACUAUCAGAACUACAUUCUGCGAGCACUCGGACAGGUGAUGCUCUACGUGGACGGUAUGAACGGUGUGAUGAAACAUUCGCCGACCAUCCAGUGGCUGUAUUCGCUGAUCGCGUCACGCUAUCGGUUGGUGGUGAAGACAGCGCUCAAGCUGUUGCUUGUCUUUGUCGAGUACUGUGAGGGCAACUGCUACCUGCUCGUAAGCGCCAUCCGAUUCAUGGAUACGGCCCGCGGCGUUGUUCCGUGGAACAACAUCAUGCGGCUUCUUAAAGACUACGAAAACGCUGAUACCGAACUGUUGAUCUACGCUACAUCACUGAUCAACAAAACUCUGUCGGGCUUGAGCGAUCAGGACAGUUUCUACGACGAGAGUGACUUCCUGGAGCAGCAGGGCAUGGAGGGCAUCAUCCAGCGAUACAUGUCCCGCCCAGGCACUGAUCUCGAUUUGCUCGAUCAGCUGCAGUUGUACGAGAGCGUUCUGAGAUUCGAGGACGGUGAGUGUGACGGUAUACGCAUACCGGAUAACACUGUGCGCAAAACGCUUCGAUACCGUUCCACUGGCAACGAUACGACCGAUCGACGGAAAUCGCGUCGACAUAGCACGGGAACGGCUCCACCCCAACCGCCUUCAGUUGCUCCACCACCUCCUCCACCACCUCCACCGAUGCCAGCGUACACCAUGUACUCGGCACCGCCCAGUGGUCCUCCACCACCACCGCCGCCCCCACUGCCUCCACCAGUGGUACCGGUACAGCUGUACGGAGGACUCCAGCUGCCCGGACAACGUCAACAGGAUGAGGACAGUUCUAGCUCGGCUCACAGUGGUGAUCACCUGCCCGGCAGUGGAUAUCACGAUCCGUCCCGUGACACUACCGGAGUAACGCCCGGACUGCGACGACGUCGCGAACGAGCCGAGCGGCAAAUGAACUUAAUACGCGAACAGCAAGAACUCGGCCAAUUCCCGAACGGCAUUGUGCCAACCGGGGAAGAUGGAAAUAAUGCAACCAAUGGAUAUCACGCGGGGCAUCGAAAUGGUGCAAGCAACUAUCGCAGACAGUCUGGCGGUACCGGACCUCUCACGAACUCGUCGCUGCUAGCACCGCCAACCAUCCACGAAGAGGACAAACUUCAGUUACGUCUCAACGGCGGUCUAACCUCGUCUGUGAUUUUGCAUAAGCAACAACCCUCUAAUCAUAUAGAACACACGAAUGGCACCGGGCAUGCUAAUGGGUACGGUGCAGCCAACGCUACAUCCCAACUGGACAGUGUUGAGUAUCGCAAUAGUCGCAAUCUAUUGCUCAAGAAGCAUGGCACUAGCGGUGGCGUUAGUAUGGCGCCUGUAUCAAUCUCCAACGGCACCGCCCCUGAUCGUUAUAAGGCAGAUCUCAAUGGAAAUAGUGUUAGAAGUACACGCACCUGCACCGGCGUGUUGUCCGAACAGGACGACGAAAACAAAAGUCCCAACAUUAAGACACAGAUGAUGGGGCUAUCGGUUGCGUACGGGAAGCAGCUAGCAAACGGUAAGGAUUCCUCCGACGCGAGCUACCAUCGACGUUCUGCCACGAGCACGGCCUAUGAACGGUCGAAUGGUUCGUUGAAUGGAGGCCACGUUGAGCCCAAGGGGCAAGAUCUCCCACCGGUUCCAGCAGAAUCGGAUAACGAAGAUAAGAAGCUAAUUCUACAGCUAAAGAAGGACCAUACAGUGAAAGAUUUGACCCAGAAGCUAAGCUGCCUACCGCUAAGCCCGCAAGAGGAGAAGCCUCAAAAUCGAAUCGGUGACAUGUCCGGCCUGAUUUCCAAAGCUAAGGAAGGGCUGGCUAAGAGCAAAAGCAACAAGGACAUCUCUCGAUCGCCCAGCGUCGACAAUGACAUCAAAAAGCUUGCCAACGGAGAACCGAAAAAGUCCGAAAACGAGCUCCACUGGGAAGAGAUUGUGAAGAACAUGACGCGCAAGCUGAGCCUGUGCGAUCUGGACUUUACCGAUCUCACCUCGGACGACGAUAAGGAUUUGCUGGCUCCGCGGGGCUUCGGUGGAGCUGUACCACCGCCGCCUCCUCCCAGCGGUAUGCUGAUGAACGGUAUGCCCCCUCCACCGAGUAUGAUGCGCCCGCCACCGACCAACCUGGUACCGCUAUCAGGCAGCAUGAUGAAUGGAAACGGGCUGCCCCAACCGAACAGCUUGGACGGGUCGGCGGCCAUUAAGAAAAACAAAAAGACUGUGAAACUGUUCUGGAAGGAGGUGCGUGACGAUAUGAUUCCUGCCGUUAUUCAGCGCACCAUCUGGGAUGAGUUGCCCGAAGCGAUUGUAGACACGCAAAAGCUGGAGCAUCUGUUCGAAUCAAGAGCCAAAGAUUUGAUGACAAAGAAGCAACAGGAGCUAAACAAGAACAAGGAAAUCAUCGUCCUGGACCAUAAGCGCUCGAACGCGAUCAACAUCGCCAUGACGAAGCUGCCUCCCCCGAGAGCGAUUAAGGCGGCCAUUCUAAAGAUGGACUCGACCGUCGUAACACGCGAAGGCAUCGACAAGCUGCUGAACAUGCUGCCCACCGACGAGGAGCGGUGCAAAAUCCAGGAGGCACAGAUGCUCAACCCAGAGCUGCCGCUCGGCACGGCCGAACAGUUUCUGCUGACCCUUUCCUCCAUCUCCGAGCUGGGGGCUCGGUUAAAGCUGUGGGCGUUCAAGCUGGACUUUGAAAACAUCGAGAAGGAAAUUGCCGAACCGCUGAACGAUCUGAAGCAGGGCAUCGAGCUGCUGAAAUCGAACCUCACCUUCAAAUGCAUCCUGUCGACGCUGUUGAAUAUUGGCAUCUUCCUGAACGGUGCACCGGUGAAGGGUUUCCAGAUCGACUAUCUGGCGAAGGUGCCCGAGGUGAAGGACACCGUGCACAAGCACUCGCUGCUGCACCAUCUCUGCCACAUGGUGAUGGAAUCGCAGGCCAACACCACCGACCUGUACUCGGAGAUAGGGCCGAUCACGCGCGCCUCCAAGGCGGACUUUAACGAGCUGGCUCACAACAUCGUCUAUCUGGAGACGGAGUGUAAGGCGUCCUGGGACCGGUUGAAGCUGAUCGGCAAACACGAUACCGCACCGCAUCUCAAGCAGAAGCUGAUUGAUUUUCUGGCCGACUGUGCUGAACGGAUUAUCAUCCUGGACAUAGUACAUCGACGGGUAUUGAACAGGUAUCGAAAGUUCCUGCUAUGGCUCGGUGUACCCCAGCUACGAAUCGCCGAAUCACGGCCGAACGAAUUCUGCCGGAUUGUGUCCGAGUUUGCGCUCGAGUAUCGAACAACGCGCGAACGGGUUCAGCAGCAGAUCGAGAAGAAGGCCAACCAUCGAGAGAGAAACAAGACUAGAGGCAAGCUGAUUGUGGAUGUUGCCAAGCUCAAAACGCAAGAGGACCGGGCGGAUGACGAGCUGCGCACGCUGCUUGGCACACCGACCAAGGGCCCCGGUGGAGAUGAGGUGGAGAUGAGCGGUACAUUAACCUGGCGCCGGCGUCGCGGUGACGCGACAGCAUCCCCCGUCACACUCAUGAACUCGCACCCUACCGUACCCAGUCCGGGGCAUAAUUCCGUCUCGGUGAUGGGCGGACGGGACGAAAGCUUCACCGAUGGCGACGAUGAGAUACUGGAGUCGCUAGUGAAAACGGCCACCAAAACGGCCACCCCGCGGCCAAUGCAAAGGGAGCGAAAACGUACGCGCCAGGCAGAUCGGAAAUCAUUACGCCGCACGCUGAAGAACGGAUUAUCGGAGGAGGAAAAGCAACAUGUAGCCUCGUUAAUAAAAGGAUAUUGAAUUCGGGCCGCAUCAUCACCCGCACCCAGCUGGAAACGGGCAGGCGAGGAACCGCGGGCGGAUCGAAGGACAUUUGCGCUGCGGGCUGAAUCUAUGUGAUGGGUGUGCGUGUGCCUAUGUUUGUGUGACUGAACGGCUGCUAUGCCGCUGUACCGUGGACAAAGCGCUGCUUAGUGAGAUGUUCCAAGAUCGAUACGCCUCUCCAGCACCAGCACUUUGUUCCGCUUGAAGUAAUUCCAAUGGGUGGGAUCAAUUCGAGAAGCUCACUGUUUCGCGAGCGUGAAACAGAUCAUUUUAUAUCACUAUAACCAAAAUGGAACCGAAACAAACUUAGCUAGGCCAAAUAAGCAGAUAGGCGGAACCGAUUGGGAUGCUUUUGGGAUGCGCAAAAGAGAGUGAGAGAGAGAGAGAGAGAGAGAGAGAGAGAGAGAGCGAUUAGAAUAGAAUUUGGUUGGCUAUUUGGUCGGCCCAGCAUUACACCAGAGGAGCUGCUUAUAAUUUGGGAGGGGAAAGGAGUGAUCGUAUUAAAUAAAAGAAUCUUACACCGACCAUGUGAUACGAAAAAGGGAAAAAGGGGAUACUUUUAACCAACAGAAGACUCAAUCCUUAUGAAAAUCAAAGAUUAAUGAAAUGAGACGUUCGUGCAGCAGACCAACUAUGCUAAUAGCAUUGGGUGUAUAGAAAGAGAGAGAGAGAGAGAGAGAGAGAGAGAGGUGAAAAGAGAGAGGGAGAGUUUUAACUUACCUAGUAACUGAUACAAUAACUAUUCAAUGUAAACGACGGGCUCGAGAUAGGUAGAGCUAAUGUACCGAGCCGAUGUGUAUGCAUUGACAAACAGCCGUUUUUAGUAUUGCGAAAUUCAUAUUGUGCAUGCUAAGCGACAUGUAUAACAAGUAUCUUCGGCCUGCCAACUAUAUCAAUAAAAUAUCAACAAUUUCAAAACAUGUGUUAAUCGAUA